AUGGUGAACACUCUUAAAGCACAUUUCUCACCAAAACCCUUAGUAAUAGCAGAGCGAUUUCGGUUCCACAGACGAAAUCAGCUAGAAGGGGAAUCUGUGGCAGUGUUUGUGGCAGUGCUAAAAAAAUUAGCUGAACACUGUGAAUUUGGUGAUGUGCUCAACGAUACACUGCGGGACAGAUUAGUAUGCGGACUACGCUGCGAGGGCAUACAGAAAAGACUGUUAACAGAGAGCAACCUGACACUACAAAGAGCAAUUGAGUUGAGUGUGUCUAUGGAAUUGGCUGCAAAGGAAGCCCAGCAAUUAAGCUCUAACAGUAAAGUGUACAAGAUGGAGACAGAAAAACAAACUGAAAUUAAAGGCCCAUGUUUCCGUUGUGGUAAGACUGGGCACUCGCCUGUUUCAUGCUGGUUUAAGGAUAUGGAGUGCCGCAGCUGUAAGAAAAAGGGACACAUUGAGCGUGCGUGUAGGAAUAAAACAAAAAUAGAAAAAAUGCAUCAGAAACCAGUUUUCAGAAGGAAACAAAAGAAGCGCAUAUUUACAGUCGGACAGGAGAAUAAAGAGAGUACUGACACAUCUGAUGAGGAAUUUCCUUUGCAUGUGCUCACUGUCGCAGGUGGAACCAAAGCUUAUAAAGUCACCGCGCUGCUGGAAGGACAGCCAGUGAAAAUGGAAAUCGACACUGGUGCUGCUGUAUCGCUGGUGUCGGAUGCGGUAUACAGGGAAAUACUCAGCCACCUGCCACUCAAACCACCUGAUGUUGUCCUUAAAACUUAUACUGGGGAAUCAGUGACAAUGAAAGGACUCACCCAAGUAACAGUUGAACUGAAUGGACAAACAAAAAAACUGCCAUUGUAUGUGGUCGUGGGUGAUUACCCCUCGUUGAUGGGACGUUCCUGGCUGGAGCAACUCAAAGUGGACUGGCCGACCAUACAUAUGAUGACACCUAAAACCCUGGACCUUGAAGGUGUUCUUGAAAAACACAGUGAAGUUUUCAAACAGGAAUUAGGCAGCAUGGAAGGCAUCACAGUAAAAUUGACUGUGGAGCAGGGAAGCCAGCCAAAGUUCUUAAAGUCCCGGCCCCUGCCAUAUGCACUCAAACCUAAAGUAGAGGCGAGCUUGGAUGAACUUGUAAAGAGUGGUGUGCUGGAACCAGUCAAUGUGAGUAAGUGGGCAACACCUAUUGUUCCAGUUAUAAAGAAGGAUGGAGGCAUAAGGAUCUGUGGGGACUUUAAAGUUACUGUAAAUCCAGUGUUGUCAGCAGAACAAUACCCCUUGCCUCACAUUAAUGACCUUUUUGCUGGGUUGACUGGAGGACAAAGAUUCAGCAAAAUCGACCUCAACCAGGCAUACCUACAGAUGCAUGUUGAAGAACAGUCCAGAGAACUUCUCACCAUCAACACACACAAAGGCCUGUUUCAUUCCAAACAUUGCUACACUGUUGAAACCUCUGCACAAAUUGUUAUGCCAUGAGAAUAAUUGGAAGUGGACCUCUGAAUGCCAGGAGUCAUUCAGAAAAGCAAAGGAGACACUUUUGGGGUCAAACGCACUCACUCAUUUUGACCCUGCUCUUCCUAUCCAGCUGGCCUGCGAUGCUUCUCCAUAUGGUGUGGGAGCUGUCUUGUCCCACAUCAUGCCCAAUGGUCAAGAGAGGCCAAUCGCGUUUGCUUCCAGGAGUCUGAGCAAAGCAGAAGCAAACUAUGCUCAGAUUGAGCGAGAAGCAUUGAGCAUUGUGUUUGGGGUGCGUAAGUUUUAUCAGUAUAUUUUUGGAAGGAAGUUCACACUGCUGACCGAUCAUCGCCCACUCACUGCAAUAUUUGGUCCACACCAUGGCAUUCCCGCCCUUGCUGCCAGUAGGAUGCAAAGGUGGGCUUUGUUGCUAUCUGCUCACACCUAUGACAUCAAAUACCGAAAGUCAGAAUUGCACGGGAAUGCGGACGGUCUGUCCAGGUUGCCUCUCGCUGACAGGGUAAAGGAAGCAAAGGUGGCUGAACUUUUCUAUUUCAGCCAGGUGGAGCGGGCUCCUAUAACAGCCGCGCAAGUACGCAGGGGCACACGAAAUGACCCUGUCCUGUCAAGAGUCGUGGAUAUGGUCAUGACUGGUAAAGGGGAGAGCGAUGGCCUGGAGUUAAAACCUUACAUCUCUCGACGUCAUGAACUUUCGGUGCAGUCCGGCUGCUUGUUGUGGGGAAGGAGAGUGGUUAUUCCCCCGGCUUUACGCAAGCCAGUGUUAAAACAGCUGCAUGUAGGACACUGUGGAAUGGUCCGCAUGAAGGAGAUUGCCAGGAGCUACUUCUGGUGGCCAGGAGUAGAUGGCCAAAUUGAGGAAAAAGCUAGGACGUGUACUUCAUGCCAGCGCAUACGUAACGCACCACAACUUGCACCUCUGCACCCGUGGGAAUAUCCUGAAAAACCAUGGCAUCGGAUUCAUAUUGAUUUUGCUGGCCCAGUAGAGGAUAAAAUGCUGUUGGUGGUCAUGGAUGCACACAGUAAGUGGCCUGAGGUGGCCAUUAUGAAAUCCACUUCAGCUGAAAAGACAAUUGAGAAACUGGGAGAAAUGUUCAGUAGGUUUGGAUCACCAGUGCAACUUGUCUCAGAUAAUGGCCCCCAAUUUACAUCUCAUGAGAUGGCCACAUUUCUACAAGCAAAUGGUGUGCAACAUAUAACGUCAUCACCUUACCAUCCUGCAACUAAUGGAUUAGCCGAAAGGUUUGUCCAAACCAUGAAACAUGCUUUGAAAGCUUCGAUCGGGCAAGGCACAUUUCAUCAACGUCUGCACAGCUUUUUGCUCUUCUAUCGUAGUACUCCGCAUGCGACCACCAAAGUAUCGCCAGCGUUUUUGCUGUUUAGCAGAGAGCUCAGGACAAGCUUUGAGCUGAUUAAAGAUAAGAUAAGAUAA